ACUGCAAAAUAAAUUAUUUUAUUAAAUAGCAUCUCGGCUAACUUUAGGAUCAGUGUAGCACCCACAAUGCACUGCGCCGUUCACAGCGUGUCACAUGACCCAGUUUACUGAGGCGGAAGUGACAAGCUAAGCAGCAGAUCUGAGGAGAUUAAAUCAAGGUGAAAAUAUCAUGGCAGCUGCCAGUGUAAGUCGACCCGGCGUUUUGCCGAACGCAGAGAAAUCACAGCUCACAUUAAAAGUGGUAUCUGCGAGGUCUCAGUCUCCGAAGCUCCCGGCUCGUCUGGCACGCGGCAGCUCGUUCGUGGAGGUGACGGCCGAUGGUCUGAGCACUGAGACGAAGAAAACCUGCAAACGCAGCGGAAACGACCUGCAGUGGAACGAAGACCUCACACUUAACGUGACUCCUCUGAGCCGCUUGGAUCUGAAGUUGUGGAGUUGUUACCCUCUGAGGAAGGAGCUCCUGGGCAGCGCCACCAUCGACCUCCUUGACACACUGCGCACUCACCAGGGCAAAAUGGAGAACGUGGAGCUCAGUCUGGAGUUACAGAUGGAGAAUAAAGGCUCAGUUGUGUCGGGUGGAGAGCUGAACGUCUGUUUGGACGGCUUGGUUGUUGAUCUGGGAUCGCUGCCCAAUCACGGUGCAGAAACCGACAAGAUGCUGCAGAUGGAGCCUUCCAAGCUUCUCAGGACCCAGGGCUCAGAGACAGCCAGCUCUACCAGCAGCCUCCGCCGAAGUCUGAGAGGUGGAGAAUCUCCUGGAGCUUCAAGAGGAACAGCACUUACUAACGGAGACACAAAUACAGACUCGACACAACACAACAUGGAUAAAGAUAAUCCUCCUGCAGAAGAAAGUGGGCGUGACCUAAACACCCCUCCAUCACCAUCACUCAGACCAGAUGCUCCUCCCAUUGACACAUCUGGCUCUCCACCAUCUGUGGAUUCGGCUCCGCCCCCACAGGAGCAAAACUCACAGCCUUCAAUAGAGGAUUUACCUGCAGGUUGGGAGCAGAGAGUGCUGCCUCAUGGCCGUGUGUACUACGUUGACCACAACUCCAAAACCACCACAUGGGAGAGACCCCUCCCUCAGGGGUGGGAGAAGCGUGUGGAUCAGCGUGGAAGGUUUUACUACGUGGACCACAACACGCGGACGACAACGUGGCAGCGCCCCACAGCUGAGUCGGUCCGGAACUUCGAGCAGUGGCAGAGUCAGCGCAGUCAACUUCAGGGGGCCAUGCACCUGUUCAACCAGAGAUACCUGUACCAGCCGUCUGGAGCGCCAGUUGAGAACGAUCCUCUAGGUGCUCUUCCUCCAGGAUGGGAAAAGCGUCAGGACAAUGGCAGAGUUUAUUUUGUCAAUCACAACACUCGCACCACACAGUGGGAGGAUCCCCGAACCCAAGGGAUGAUCCAUGAGCCCCCGCUGCCCCCUGGCUGGGAGAUGAAGUACACUGCUGAGGGUGUGAGAUACUUUGUAGAUCAUAAUUCUCGCUCCACUACCUUCAAAGACCCGCGGCCGGGAUUCGAGUCAGGCUCACGACAGGGUGGAUCUCCAGGUGCUUAUGACCGCAGCUUCAGGUGGAAAUAUCACCAGUUCCGUUUCCUGUGCCAUUCCAACGCUCUGCCCAGCCAUGUGAAGAUUUCAGUUUCGAGGCAGACUCUGUUUGAAGACUCAUUCCAGCAGAUCAUGAACAUGAAGCCGUAUGACCUGCGCAGGAGGCUCUACAUCAUAAUGAGGGGGGAGGAGGGGCUUGAUUACGGCGGUAUUGCCAGGGAGUGGUUCUUCCUGCUGUCCCAUGAGGUGUUGAACCCGAUGUACUGUCUGUUUGAAUACGCCGGAAAAAAUAACUACUGUCUGCAGAUAAACCCCGCCUCCUCCAUAAACCCUGACCACCUCACCUACUUCCGCUUCAUCGGACGCUUUAUCGCCAUGGCUCUUUAUCAUGGGAAGUUUAUAGAUACAGGCUUCACUUUGCCUUUCUAUAAGCGCAUGCUGAAUAAAAAGCCGACACUGAAAGAUCUGGAGUCCAUCGACCCCGAGUUCUACAACUCCAUUCUCUGGGUCAAGGAAAAUGAUGUGGAGGAGUGUGGAGUUGAGCUGUAUUUUGCACAGGACAUGGAGAUUUUGGGGAAGGUGUCCACACACUCACUAAAGGAUGAUGGUGAGAACCUGCUCGUCACACAGGACAACAAGGAGGAGUACAUCAGUUUGCUGACAGACUGGCGGUUCUCUCGGGGAGUGGAAGAACAGACCAAAGCUUUUCUAGACGGCUUUAAUGAAGUUGUUCCACUCGAAUGGCUUCGUUACUUCGAUGAAAAGGAGCUGGAGCUGAUGCUGUGUGGGAUGCAGGAAAUAGAUCUGAGUGACUGGCAGAAGAACACCAUCUAUCGCCAUUAUACCAAGAACAGCAAACAGAUUCACUGGUUCUGGCAGGUGGUGAAGGAGAUGGACAACGAGAAACGGAUUCGGUUGCUGCAGUUUGUCACAGGAACCUGCCGUCUGCCCGUGGGAGGGUUUGCAGAGCUGAUCGGAAGUAACGGACCCCAGAAAUUCUGCAUCGACAAAGUGGGAAAGGAAACCUGGCUGCCGAGGAGCCACACCUGCUUCAACCGUCUGGACCUGCCACCAUACAGAAACAUGGAGCAGCUGCGUGAGAAGCUCCUUUUUGCCAUCGAGGAGACCGAGGGCUUCGGUCAGGAGUGAGAGACAGUGGACAGAGGAGAGGAAACUGUCUGCAUUCCUUUCAUCCGCUGGCUCAGGAUGGAGAGAGAUGAACUCGCACCACUUCACCCCCUGAACGCAGGAGAUUCUCGUUCUCACUGUAAUCCUUUCACCCGAUUCUGUUCUUGUAGCACUUUAUAAAGGACUUUACAAAAAACUGUACAGAUGAUUAAAACAUGUUAAAAUCUGAAGAUCUCAGCUAAAAAAAAAACAGGAGAAGGUAAUCCAACAGUCCCCAUGGUAACGAUAUCUACCACGAUCAUUCCAUGCUUCCCAGACCAAAUCCGUGUAAAAGCGUAACAAGAAUUCACAUCUGUUCCAUUUAGUGUCCUGUAGGGGGCACCAAAGCUUUUCUUUUCUUCUCCGCUCUGCAGGAUCAACAUCCUAAAUGAUUAUUAUUAUUGUUAUUGUUAUUAGAGAGAAAACUCCGACUUGAAUUAAGCGAUAGCAGCACUGUUAAACACACCUGCAGCACGGGAGGGAGAAAACCAGGCCUGUUCUCAACCACAGAGCAAGAUAGAGGGAAAAUAGCUUGUACACACACACACACACACACACACACACACAGAUCAGAAGUGUGUUAUGACCUGGGGUAUCAAUGACAAGCAGCAAUGAGGUCCACUUAGGAGAACGAGGUGGUGGUCUUUAAAUGUGUUUGUGUUGUGUGUGUGUGUGUGUGUGUGUUUAAGAGAGAGAAAUGUGUGUGGGUGUGUGUGUGUGUGCUGUAAAAAGGAAAUGGAUCAAAGGUAAAUUUUGUUAAUUUUGUAUUUGAUUUGUGUUGAUUGUGAGACGGUGUGUGUGUGUGUGUGUGUGUGUGAGAGAGAGAGAGAGAGAGAGAGAGAACUUGAGAUGAGAGGUGGAGAGUUUGUAUGUAUGUAUGUGUACAAAAAGUGACUGAUGUACAAAUGUCCAUGAUUAAACAAGACAUGUACAGAACAAAUGCCUCUGUGUGUGUGUGUGUGUGUGUGUGUGUGUGUGUGUGUGUGUGUGUGUGUGUGUGUGUGUGUGUGUGUGUGUGUGUGUGUGUGUGUGUGUGUGUGUGUGUGUGUGUGUGUGUGUGUGUGUGUGUGUGUUCUUUACGAGCUCCGUCUGGGCAGAUGAAAACUCUGAGGCCCGUCUCUGUUCUUGUGUGUGUUUAUUGGUUCGGUCUUCCAGCUACCUUACCGUUUACAUAACGCUCUUAAAUACAGAUAUAUUUAUAGAUUUAUACAGAGAUCAAUAAAAUCAAAUGUCUAAAAGUGA